GCACCUGUGUCCAUGCUGGGUAACAAGAACCUGAUUCACCGGCAUAAUUAUCAAUCAAAUAUUUAAAAAAUCAUUUAAACACCCACAUGAUUUUUCGGGAAACAGUAAUCGAAGACUAUCUUGACCGACAUACAACAACCAUUUUUGAAACAUGGAAACUCUAUAUACUGGACAUAUUCACGGGUUUCCACCUACUGCGAACAUAUCAUACAGCGCGCUGAGUACUACAUGGGGCUCUCAAGGAGGUCUUAUUGCCUUAGGAGUGGUACUUGGUAGUUCUGUCAGUCUAGUUGGUCUUGCUUUUGCAUUUAUAACGUACAGUUUGUUUUCAGAUUUAAAGUCGCUAGCUGGUACAACUUUAUUGAGUCUAUUGGCUACACUAUUCAUGAGUCAACUUCUUUUUGUUAUCGGUGUCGGAGGUGUACAAGAUCCUGAAUUAUGUAUGUCCUUAUCAUUGGCAUUGCUUUUCAUGAAACUUGCAUCACUGUGUUGGUUAUGCUGUUGUUGUCAUCAUGCGCUCGUUAUGUUCCGCUGCAAUAAUAAUCUCAACGCAAGUCCUGAACCAAGUAUGGGGAGGACACUAUUGAACUACAGCAUAAUUUCCUGGGGAUUUCCACUUCUAAUGCUUGGUGUAGCGGCAGCUUUCAAGUAUAAAGAACAGGAAAUUAAAAUAAGUGGUGCACAACUCAUUGCACAGAUCGUGCAGGAAUUGAACGGAGAUAAUCAUUGCUGGUUAAUGGAAGGAUCUGCAUAUAUUUGGGGCUUUCUGAUGCCCUCGAUUUUUCUCCUUUUUUCUGGCUUUUAUCUCGCAUGUCAGGGAGGGGGAGCCAUUAAAAUCGCCGCAGCAUUGCAAGUAGAUUCGCGAGCGAAGAACAAGCUGGUGAAGAAACGUGGUUUACAAAUUGGACUCUUCUUCAAGAUUCUUGUUGUUUUGUCAUCUGUUGCCUGCCUCGGUGCUAUAGCAUCUCUGUGGAACAUUGUUGAGUUCUGGUCAAUUUAUAGCAUUGCACAAGGAAUACAGGGCUUGGUUAUAGCUUUGCUAGUGUCAUGUAACUGCAAGGUCCUUAAGCUAUAUUCUGUUCACCGAAGCAACAAAUCACGACGUGGAGCGUAUCGUAGUCUCAAGGAUGGGGAUGGCGGCCGCUAUGGGGUGCUUUCAGUGACAAAUCCUAACUAUGACGAUACAGUGAAUUUCAUAAAUCUUGUUGAUGACGGUGUGUCCAGCCUAACUAAGAUGACAUACAAAGAGGGUAUUUUUGUCGAUCGACAGGACAAUUUGGUAUCGACAGGUGUCGACAGCGCCUUUAACGGAGAGCUUUCAACAUCACUCCCUGUAAACGAUAUACCGAAAACUCCAUUACCAAUAUCUGUGUAAAUUUUGCCUGCCCUGCUCGUUCGGUUUUUAUAUUUUUUGAGAAGAACCCCGUUUUACUGGCAGGACAAUAAUAUAUAAGUCAGACAAACGUAACGUACAGAAUAUUGCAAAAUAUGGGGCUUAUAUAAAAUGUAACCACAAUUACAAUAAUGCGAUAUACUCAUAUCACAUAUUAAAGCCACCAAAACAUGCUUACAUGGAGCAAGUACAUUAAACCACACCCACAUCGUAUAGAUCUUGUUCGCUUGUGGUUAUUAAACAAAUUUAAUUUUGAUGAUCUAUCAGAAAUACACAUAUCGAUUUUAUCCACACAAAACGAUUUGGACGAAAAUAUAAAUAUUUGAAAUUCUUCCGUUAGAGGGUAAGGAGUGAUAAGAAUAAAGUAAAGGAAACUGUCAACUACCAUCAGUACUACACACUAUUAGAUAAUUGGUAAUGAUUAGAUAUGAUUGUUAUACAGUUAAAAUAAAAUUAUCUUUGCUGGUGUUCUUUAUUGUGCAUUGCGGAUGAUAUGGGGGAUACGUCCUCCGCAGGCAUGAGGUAAAAUAUACAGGCAUGUUUUUAAUUGAAUUACGUACUUUAAACAUACAUAUAAAAAAGGAAUAUUUUCGUUAUAUAACUGCACAAAUAUUUUAUGCAUUUCAUGACAAUAUAUCAAAUUUUAUGACGGAAGACGAAAUAAAUUGUGUGAGUUAUUGUGUUUACUACCAUAUAUUUUAAGGUAUAACGUAAGAGUACUCAGCCUCUUUAGACCCAUUUUCUACAAGGGUAGAAGUGUGGUACAGAAUGUAUCUUGAACAUGUUUUUAAGAGAAAAAAAAUUAAAUAUCCCAGGACUUUAUAUAGCUAUUUGGGUAGUUGAACACAUAAAAAGCACAUGAACUACAAUGAUAUCAUGAAUGUGAUAUAUAAUAAUGAAAAAAUGUAAUAUUAUAACCUUACAAUAACCGAAACCAAUUUGGAUGAACGUGAAGCCUAGGUAGAACUUUUCUGUUGAAAGGUAUUCACGCAGGCAAACAUAAUCGUUUAUUCAUUUUUAUCUCAAAGUAAUUUGACUUGUUUACAAUUCUGAAAAGUAAUUUCCAUCGUUACCAUGAGACGUGUGAUAGUGAACUGGGAAUGUGAACCAAUAAACUAUAAAACUUUUAUUCAUGAUUCUGUAUUGCCAUAGUUAAAAGAGUUACCAUGAGACGUGUGAUAGUGAGCUGGGAAU